AUGGUUGCAGGUUUUCCUGAAGAACAGCCACGUGCCGCAGAUCUGCAGUGUUUGCCCGAUUCCAUGAUUGUGUGUGUCCCAAGAACUUUGAUGGCGAACCUACCAGACGAUCGCUUGCAGCUCAACGAUGCUUCCUGUAACGUCACUGGCAAUAGCACUCAUCUGCUGCUAGUCAUUCCCCUCUCGGGGUGCGGCACUGUGUUACUGGAAGAUAAAUCCAAUUACAUCUUCACAAAUAAAAUCUUCAGUCGGAGGAGAGAUGAAAGUUCAGAGCAGCCAAAUUGGGUAAUGGUCCCGUUGAUGUGCAAGUUCCUUCGAUCCACCAAUGCUAGUGAAGAGACCAAGGUGCAGAAGAGUACCACGGACAAGGUCUUUAGAGUCUGCAGCUUUGAAAUACAGUUCAGCAAAGAGUUCAACUCGAGUUGGUGGACAGCUGGACCAGACUCCCCAUUUAAUGCCACCAGCGAGGACCAUUUAUACAUCAGCAUCGUUGCCAACAGCAAUGAGUCUUCCCGCUCGCUCCACGUGGAGUCUUGUCAGAUAUCAGAGCAGCACAAUUCUUCAGCAGGAGUCACACUCUUACAACAGGGCUGCCUAAACUACAGCACAGUGGAGGAACAUCAGACCGACAAUCAAAAAGAGAAAGUAUACUCUGUCAAACUAUCCUCUUUACCGUGGCACACUGCCCAGGUGUUUGUCACUUGCAGUGUGCUGCUCUGUGCCCAUGCACCCAGCCCCCACCCAUGCACACAGGGGUGUGUCCCUGGCACUGGCCCAUGGGCAGACCAGUCAGCUCUUCAACAGGUCAGGGCUGGACCAGUGCACAUCACAAAGGACUUGGGUCCCAACUAUGCUGUCAUUACAGUCGGGCUGGCGUUGGCAGGCGCCGUGGUCUACAUCGUUUUGAUCCUGUUGAAGAGAUCAUUUGUGGGACUGUACUACAGAGGAAGCGUUAGAUCCUCCCAAUCCAGGCGAUUCUGA